ACACCGGAUAAGGCCAGCCCAGGUCCGCUCCAUUGGAUGUCAGGCGCUAGGGCAGGAAUGGGGCGGCCCGGCUCCCCGUGGCCGUGGGGGCUGCUGCUGCUGGGGCUGCUGCUCCCCCCGGUAGCCCCCUUCUGGCUCCUCAAUGUGCUCUUCCCCCCGCACACCACGCCCAAGGCGGAGCUCAGUAACCACACACGGCCCGUCAUCCUCGUGCCUGGCUGCCUGGGGAAUCAGCUGGAAGCCAAGCUGGAUAAGCCAGAUGUGGUCAACUGGAUGUGCUACCGCAAGACAGAGGACUUCUUCACCAUCUGGCUGGAUCUCAACAUGUUCCUGCCCCUGGGGGUGGACUGCUGGAUUGACAACACCAGGGUCAUCUUCAACCGCACCUCAGGGCGCCUGUCCAAUGCCCCCGGCGUACAGAUCCGCGUCCCUGGCUUUGGCAAGACCUAUUCUGUCGAGUACCUGGACAGCAGCAAGCUGGCAGGUUACAUGCACACCCUGGUGCAGAAUCUGGUCAACAACGGGUACGUGCGGGACGAGACGGUGCGAGCCGCCCCCUACGACUGGCGGCUGGAGCCCAGUGAGUGCCUGGUGGCAGGCAGGUUGAGGGCGGGCCAGGUGCCCCCCCGGACCCCGCACGCCCUGACUCCCCUGUUCGCUCGCCCAUCAGGCCAGCAGGAAGAGUACUACCACAAGCUGGCCGGGCUAGUGGAGGAGAUGUACGCGGCCUACGGGAAACCCGUCUUCCUCAUCGGGCACAGCCUGGGCUGCCUGCAUGUGCUCUACUUCCUGCUGCGCCAGCCCCAGUCCUGGAAGGACCGUUUCAUUGAUGGCUUCAUCUCUCUGGGGGCCCCCUGGGGUGGCUCCAUCAAGCCUAUGCUGGUCUUGGCCUCAGGCGACAACCAGGGCAUCCCGAUCAUGUCCAGCAUCAAGCUGAAAGAGCAGCAGCGCAUGACAACGACCUCCCCCUGGAUGUUUCCCUCCAGCAUGGCGUGGCCCGAGGACCAUGUGUUCAUUUCCACACCCCACUUCAACUACACGAUCCGCGACUACCAGCGCUUCUUUGCAGACCUGCACUUCGAGGAAGGCUGGUACAUGUGGCUCCAGUCCCGCGACCUGCUGGCAGGGCUGCCCGCGCCUGGCGUGGAAGUCUACUGUCUGUACGGAGUGGGCAGGCCCACGCCCCGCACCUACAUCUAUGACCACGGCUUCCCCUACGAGGACCCCGUGGAUGUCCUCUAUGAGGAUGGGGACGACACGGUGGCCACGCGCAGCAUGGAGCUCUGUGCCGGCUGGCAGCACCGCCAGGCGCAGCCCGUGCACCUGCUGCCUCUGCACAAGCUCCAGCACCUCAACAUGGUCUUCAGCAACCAGACGCUGGAGCACAUCAACGCCAUCCUGCUGGGGGCCUACCGAAACAGCACCCCUGUGCCCCCCACUGCCAGCCCCGGGACCCCGCCCUCUGAAUAAAGACCUGUCUCUGCUCCCUCAGCCCUGCCGAGUACCGCAGG